AUGUCGUCUUUCCGCCUGUUGAUUGAAGACGGCCAGUUUCGUGACGGCCACGGUCGUCAGGUCGUCCUCCGUGGCAUCAACGUCGCCGCUGACGCCAAACUUCCCAGCGAACCCGAUCAACCGUCUCACAUUCCCACCGACUUCUUCGAUGGCGACAAUGUAUCCUUUCAUCAACGUCCCUUCCCCAAGGAGGAUGCGAGAUCUCACUUUUCGCGCCUGAGGCGAUAUGGCUUCAACACUAUCCGUUACAUCUUUACGUGGGAGGCGCUUGAGGCGGCGGGACCUGGCAAAUACGAUGAGGACUUCAUCCAGCAUACCAUUGAUAUCCUGAGGAUAGCAAAAGAAUAUGGUUUCUAUAUUUUUAUGGACCCUCACCAAGACGUUUGGUCUCGUUUUACGGGUGGCUCAGGGGCACCGUUGUGGACGUUGUAUGCGUGCGGCCUCAACCCUCAGAGUUUCGCUGCGACCGAAGCCGCUAUUGUACACAAUACUUACCCAAACCCUGACGAGUUUCCAAAAAUGAUAUGGUCGACAAAUUACUACCGACUAGCAGCCGGUACCAUUUUUACUCUCUUCUUCGCUGGUAAAGAUUUUGCUCCAAAGUGUAUCAUUGACGGCGUCAACAUCCAAGACUAUCUACAGGAUCAUUUUAUGAGGGCGUGUGGCCAGCUUGCUCAACGAAUCCAUGAGGCAGGCGAUUUGGAAGACGUUGUGGUUAUCGGAUGGGAAAGCAUGAAUGAACCCAACAAGGGCAUGACUGGUUACAAGGACCUCACUGUAAUCCCAAAGGAACAUCCCUUGAAGAAAGGCACAUGCCCAACAAUGUGGCAAACGAUGUUGACUGGUAUGGGACGAGCCUGCGAAGUUGAUACGUGGGAAAUGGGUGGUCUUGGCCCUUACAAGACUGGAAGCACUCUUGUAGAUCCACAUGGCGAAAUCGCAUGGUUGCCAGAAGAUUACGACGACUCGCGAUACGGAUGGAAGCGCGAUCCCGGCUGGAAGCUCGGCCAAUGUAUAUGGGCGCAACACGGUGUUUGGGAUCCCGAGACUGACACUCUCCUGCGUAAAGAUUACUUCGCCAAAAAUCCCCAUACUGGAAAGUUAAUUGACUAUCCGCAAUUUACCAACACAUACUUUAUGGACUUUUGGCGGAAGUACGUCAAAACUUGUCGAGCCGUUCACCAGGACUGUAUUAUGCUUAUGCAGUUCCCCACCCUGGAAUUGCCUCCCGAGAUCAAAGGAACCGAAGAUGACGACCCCCGAAUGGCUUUCACCCCGCAUUACUACGACGGCAUUACCCUCAUGACCAAGCAUUGGAACAGUACAUGGAACGUCGACGUCGUUGGAGUCCUGCGAGGCAAGUACUGGCAUCCAGCCUUGGCCAUCAGGAUCGGAGAGACAGCUAUUCGCAACUGUCUCCGCGAUCAACUCGCAACAUUAAGACAGGAAGGCCUCGAUCGCACCGGAAAGCACCCUUGUGUGCUGUCAGAAUUCGGCAUUCCCUACGAUAUGGACGACAAAAAGGCUUAUAAGACUGGUGACUAUUCAAGCCAGUCAGCGGCGAUGGACGCCAACUACUUUGCGGUUGAAGGAUCGCAAAUUGAAGGACACUGCUUGUGGACAUAUUGUGCGAGGAACGAUCACGUCCGAGGAGACUUUUGGAACGGAGAGGACUUGUCGAUUCUCUCAUUGGAUGACACACCUCUUCCGGAUUCUCCUCUUCCCGAAUACUCGCAGUCAACCCUGGAUUUGGCGAGGACUGCGACCGCCACAAAUGGGAAGAAGGAUGUUGCCGAUGAUCGAAACGUUACACCCGAUAAUCUCAAACGAACGCUCACCAACCCAUCCAUUAGCUCUGCGCCCUCUACUAAGGAUCCUCAGCUAACCAACGCACCUGGCUACCGUGCUGCCGAAGCCUAUGUGCGCCCAACACCCACCGUGGUGUACGGUGAUGUUGUGUCCACCGGGUUCGAUCUGCGACAGUGCACAUAUGUCCUCAAGGUCAAGGCGCCAAAGGCAGCACCAGACGACGCUCCCACGAUUGUGUUUUUGCCCGAAUACCAUUUCCCCAAGGACCAGUGCGACGUAGCUGUCUCUUCGGGCAAGUGGGAGCUGAGCAUAGAUGAUGAAGAGGGUACGUCACUUCAAAUGCUCAGGUGGUGGCAUGGUGAAGGUGAACAGAGUCUCAAAAUUUCAGGCCUUGUGCGUAAGCACAACGUUCCUGUAGGAUCUGAAGAGGAUGCCGGUUAUCUUGAGCAAUGCCAGCAGGGCUAUGGGUUUAACUUUGGAAGCUGCAGUGUUAUGUGA